GUACGCGGCGGUGCCUAGCGCAAAAGUAUAAUUCGCGGCUGUCGGAACAGUUCGCGGCCGCAGGUGAGCGAGCGAACGACCCGCUAGCCCGCUACUCGAGAGAGUCGGUGACUCGUGCGACGCGCGGACGUGGACUCUCAGCCCGGGGUCCGAUACUCCUGGUCCCUCCGCGAAUCCGUUUCAGCGGGUCCGUCCCGCACAGUGCACACAGUCGCGCGCGCAAGAGAGAAAGAGAGAGAGCGGCGGGUCAGGUGAAGAAGAGGAGAAUCCGGGAAGCGAGAAGAGCCCGCGACGGACGAGCAGCAAACACGCGCGUCGUCGCGGACGAUGCGCUGCGCCGGACCUCGCGCUCCCGCCGACGAGUCGACGAUGAACCCGAACCGAGGAGCCAAGCCUCGUCACCACGCGUGAUAUAUCACGGACGCAACUCACAGGGGGUCGCUGUGCGAACGAGCUCCCGACGGGAUGGAGUCCACGUGAGGAGGAGGCUCGACAUCGGUUUGCGUUUAUAUAUCGGUUCACGGGCGUUCCGCCCGAAUUGCGCGCACUUCGCCUAUCUCGCCGAUCCCCGGGUGGACGAGUAUCAUGUCCAAGUACAACGUCAACGAGGAGCACGACAUGGAAAAUCGCAGGGAGGUCACGCUGACCGGCUUCAGCAGCAACGCGCUCGACGACGUUCUUCGCAGCAACAACAACGAGCCGAAUACGCUGAACGGUCAUCCGAGCAGCGCUCACGCCAUCACCAAAGACGCGAAGAUUGUCAAUCUCGAGGUACCACAAGAUUCUGACAAGAGUGGUCUAUGUACCUCCGGAAGAAGCUGGCUCUACCGAAGGGUCAGAAGGUCUUGCAGGAAGAAGCUGGUAUUCAAGCGAAUACCGAUUCUAACGUGGUUGCCGAAUUACCGGAAAGAAUACGUGGUGAGCGAUCUGGUAGCUGGUAUCACCGUAGGCCUCACCGUAAUUCCGCAAGCCAUAGCAUACGCCAACGUCGCGGGAUUACCGUUACAGUAUGGACUCUACUCGUCUUUCAUGGCCUGUUUCGUGUAUACAAUUUUCGGCUCUUGGAAAGAUGUACCUGUCGGACCGACCGCAAUCGCCGCGAUUUUAACGAGAGAAACUUUACAAAAGGCUCAUCUAGGACCCGACUUCGCCGUAUUGCUGUGUUUCGUCUCGGGCUGCGUCUCCUUUUUGAUGGGCAUUUUGCAAUUAGGAUUCUUACUGGAUUUUAUAUCGGGGCCAGUAUCCGUUGGUUUCACAUCGGCGGCGUCGAUUAUCAUCGCCACCAGCCAGGUAAAAGAUAUUCUUGGGCUCAAAGUUUCCGGCACCAAGUUCGUGCAGGUCUGGCAAAGCAUCUUCGAGCAUAUCGGCGAGACGAGACGUUGGGAUACCGCUUUGGGAGUUGUCUGCAUAAUCGUUCUUCUACUUCUCCGAAAGAUGAAAGAUUUGCCGAUAGUGCCGAAAAAUACUAAAGUACCGUCGCGGCUUCAACAAGUUAUCACGAUGUCGUUCUGGCUGAUCUCCACUGCCAGAAACAUUAUCAUUGUGAUUGUCUGCGCGGUGAUGUGUUGGGUCCUCGAGAAGCAUCUGGGAGAAUCGCCCGUCAUUUUAACAGGCCACGUAAAGCAAGGACUACCAGAAUUUCGUUUGCCACCUUUUGAAGCUCGGGUCGGGAACGAGACGUAUACUUUCAUCGACAUGAUUUCCGCUUUGGGCACUGGCUGUCUAGUCGUCCCCAUGCUAAGCUUGCUAGAAACCAUCUCCAUCGCCAAAGUAUUCUCUGAGGGUAAGUCGAUAGACGCGACUCAGGAAAUGUUGGCGUUGGGUGUGUGCAACGUGAUUUCAUCGUUCGUAUCAUCAAUGCCUGUGAGCGGUGGUCUCAGCCGAGGCGCGGUCAACCAUUCGUCUGGGGUGAAGACGACGCUCGGUGGAGUCUACACUGGAUUAUUAGUACUUAUAUCGUUGCAAUUCCUCACACCUUAUCUGUAUUAUAUACCCAAGGCCGCCCUGGCGGCCGUCAUCAUUGCCGCAGUUGUCUUCAUGGUGGAGUUCCAGGUGGUGAAGCCAAUGUGGCGAAGCAAAAAAAUUGAUCUCAUACCGGCCAUAACCACGUUCCUGUGUUGUCUUUUCAUACGACUCGAACUGGGCAUCGUGAUCGGCAUCGGUGUAAAUCUUUUGUUCCUACUUUAUGCCUCGGCCAGACCGACGUUACGAGUUCAUAAAGCUACGAGUAUUAGCGGUUGUGAAUAUCUUGUCAUAACUCCGGAUCGAAGUCUGGUGUUUCCAAGCGUUGAAUACGUACGAGCCGUCAUUAGCAAGCAGGGAUUACGAGAGGGUACCGCCGUGCCCGUCGUAAUAGAUUCUACGCAUAUCCAGGCGGCCGAUUUCACCGCUGCAAAGGUUAUCAAGACUUUGAUAGAGGAUUUUACUAAACGGGGCCAACCAUUAAUCUUUCAUAACUUGAAACCGAGCGUUAUCGAGAUCUUUAAAGGUGUGAAACCGUCGGGGCUCACGUGCAGCUCCAGCGAACUCGAACUCAACGACCAUCUUAAAGAAUACACGAACUCAACCGAGACUCUCAAUCGAUAUUAAAUAUAUAAUAGAUAGAGAUGGGGAUAAUUUUGGACAAUAUUUUUCCCUCUUUAGUAAGCAUCAGUAUUAUAGUGAAAGUACCGUGGCGUUUUCGUUAAAGGCACAGUAUUACUGUGAAGCAAAAUGCUACUUUCAAAUUUAGCCAAUUAAAUAUAUUUUGUAUAUAUGUACGUAUAUAUUUAUGAGCACAAGCUAUCAAUUUAGCAUGCAUCUUGUAAAUGUACGCUAUACAGUAUAAUAUUUUUGUACUUAUGAAAGGCGGAAGUCUAUAUAUGUAUACUCCGAUAAGAAUGUACAUUUCGAAUUUACUCUCUUCGAAUUAGAUAAGUACACAGAGUGGUCUGCAUUAUUAGUAAUACAAUACAGAAAAUAUAAUAAUUCUGUAUAUAUAUAAAGAAAUAGAAAGUAGGUAGUACAGAAAAUUAAAUUAAAUUUUUUUGUUUUCAUCAUUAAUCAUUUUAACGGGCGUAGCUUGGAUAAUUUUAAUCUCGAUGACUUUUACCUUGAUUUUAAUCUUGACCCUCACGAAGGUCUUAACUGGCAGUCACGCUCCGCCCAUGCAUUCAUUUUACAGUAAAUAUACCUAUAGUCACAAUUAGGUUAGCGUAUUCAAUACUCGUUUGCAUACUCUAUUUUUAUUUCUUGAUAACUCUAAUCAAUAAUAAGCGACGACUACAAAUUUUACGGUUUAAAAAUUAUUUUUUGUUUGUAACACUAAUAACAGACCAUCUCUCAUCGUAUAUUAAAAUAAACGCACACAAAUAGUGACAGUUUUA